CUUGCCAGUGGGGGACCACCCAGGAAGCCAGAAUUGCAUAGCUACUGGCUGUUGCAAACACCCAAGUUCAAAGGUUCAGGAGAGACCUUUACCAUACUUGAAUCGAAGCCAAAAGAGGACAAGGAAUAUGUUUGAUAACACCCAGUACCCCUAUAAUUGCUUUAAUUACGAUGGGGAUGAUUACCCAACCUGCAGCUCUGAUGAAGAGAAAAGGUUCACCAGACCAGCAUACAGCUACAUCGCUUUAAUUGCAAUGGCCAUUCAACAGAGCCCCUCCAACAAAGUGACUCUUUCUGGCAUUUACGACUUCAUCAUGAAGAAAUUCCCUUACUACAGGACAAACCAGCGAGCCUGGCAGAACUCCAUCCGCCACAACCUCUCCCUCAACAGCUGCUUUGUCAAGGUUCCCCGGACAGAAGGCAAUGACAAAGGGAAGGGCAAUUACUGGAGCUUUGCAUCGGGAUGUGAAUCUAUGUUAGACCUGUUUGAAAACGGGAACUACAGGAGGAGGAGGAGGAGGAAGAACGUCAAAAGGGAACCCAGAGACAAACGGCCAAAUGGUGGGAGCGACUGCUUGCAAGCUUUAUCCCCGGUGGAUUCUGGAUUCUCCGGAAUCUCCUCAUGCCCCGGUCAGAGAGUACAAUCCCAGCCCAAAGCUUUGGAGACUUGCGAGCUUUUUCCAAACGCCGCCGCCAGCCGAGAGAGUCUAAACAGCUCCUCCAUAGGAAAAUCUGACUCCGAAAUUAAAUUUAGCAUUGAUUACAUUCUCUCCUCCCCAGACCCUCUGCCUGUCCUGAGGUCUCCGUAUCACGCAGAAGAUAACAAAUACCACCUCUUGGAUUCUCAGCAGCUGGUGAACCUUCAGUUUUGGACAAUGUGAGCUUGCAAACUU